GGCAGGUCUCUGAUUCAGAGGUUAGGAAUUUGCAUCUGAUUGCUAUUUGUCACCCAAUGAUUUGUCUGCAGCCAGCCAUGAGCACGCCUUAGGCAGCAGGGGGAGGGGAAGGUGGCCAGGGCUUGCAUUGCCUGCAAUGAGAAAUUUACCAAUCAGGCCAGAUAGGGGUGCAUUAAAACAAACACAAUUAAAAGAGAGAUACCGAAAAAAGAAAAAGAAACCGGGAGCGGCCCGGUUACUCCGCAGCGAGGCGGAGCGGCUGCCGGGGGACUGGCGGGCGGCGAUGGAGCGCCCCAGCGGAGCGGCUGCCCCGGGUUUGCGCAGACACCUGGAUGAAGCAGAAUUGGCCAAGGACUAGCGGGAUCCAGCCCUACCACUGCAGCAGGGCCAGAGGAAGGAAGGAGGCUGCAGUCCAGCCUGGGGAGUGCCUGUCGAGCUACGGGGCGUGCAAUGUCCAGGACUGCGCUGGCUGCCUGCUGAGCCGGAGGGGCAUCGGCCCUGAAGUAUUUUGUUUGCAGAGGCUAACAGCCCUGGAGCAGAGGCUUGCAACCAGCUGAUUGCUCAGAGGGUCCCAUCCCUGGUCCCCAGGGAAACAUUCUGGUGUCAUCAGGGUGUCGGCCCCUCGAUGCAAAGCAGCCCCUAGUGUAACGCCUUGGUGCCCGCAUCCCCCAGUGCAGCGUCUCUGUGCAUUUCCCCCAAGGCAUUGCACCGUACUCCCUCAGGGGUGUUGUAACCCCCCUCCUCCCAGGGUACCAGAUACCUCCCAGUCCAGGGCUUUCUGCCCUCUUAGGAACUUCCCGGCCAGCUCCCCUGGGGCACUGCACCCCACAGGGCGUUGUCCUCCAGAUACCCCUCCCCUCCAGGACAUUGCAUCCUCAACUCCAGGGCAUUGCACCCCAGGUGCAUUGCCCGCCAACUCCGCCAGGGAGCUGCCCCCGGCUGGCAGAGCCAUGAAGCUGCAGGCGGUGAUGGAGAACCUGCAGCGGCAGCAGCGGGCGCGGCUGCAGCAGGAGCUGGAGGCGCGGCAGCAGGAGCAGCAGCGCUCCACACCUCCCCCGCCAGCACUGCCCCCUCCGCCACCCUCCGGACAGAACGUUGCCCUCCCUGCCGGGGCCUCGCAGUUGGCCCGUGGCCGCAGCCAGGACCCCGCCCCACCCGAGGAGGGGGUGGAGCUCGAGAGCGCCCGCAUCCAGCGGGCCCAGAUGGCUGCCCUGGCCGCUAUGCGGGCAGCGGCCGCUGGACUCAGCCACUCACCCAGCCCGGGAAUGUCCGAUGAGAGCCAGGCCUCAGAGGAGGACGAAGAGGAAGAGCAGGGGGAGGAGGAGGAGGAGGAGGAUGGCAGGUACCAGCAGGAGAUGGGCUCGGAGGAAGAGGAGGAGCUGAAGCGCAAAUGGGAUGAAGAUGACUUCGAAGAGGACAUGGAGGAGGAAGAGGAAGAAGAAGAGGAGGAGGAGGAGGACGAUUAUGAAGAGGAUGAAGAAAUGGGGGAGGAUGGAGGGCUGGGCUCCACAGAAGCGGUGAGAUCUGGGCCGGGAUCUCUGCUUCUUCGCAAGCCGCAGGCCCCCCAGCAGUACCGAGGCGAGCCACAGAGGCUGCCGGGGGGUCAGGAGCGGCUGUCGUCUGGAUUGAGCCAUCAGGGACACUUGCAGCUACAGCAGCAGGCUCCAGACCACGGAGACUGGACUUACGAGGAGCAGUUCAAGCAACUGUACGAGCUGGAUGGGGAUCCCAAGAGGAAAGAAUUCCUGGACGACCUCUUCAGCUUUAUGCAGAAGCGAGGGACCCCCGUCAACCGAAUCCCCAUCAUGGCCAAGCAGGUGCUGGAUCUUUACAUGCUCUACGUGCUGGUGACCGAGAAGGGGGGCCUGGUGGAAGUGAUCAACAAGAAGCUGUGGCGGGAGAUCACCAAAGGGCUCAACCUGCCCACCUCCAUCACCAGCGCUGCCUUCACGCUCCGCACGCAAUACAUGAAGUACCUGUACCCCUACGAGUGCGAGAAGCGAGGGCUCAGCAACCCCAACGAGCUGCAGGCCGCCAUCGACAGCAACCGGCGAGAGGGCCGCCGGCAGGGCUUCGGGGGCUCCCUCUUCACCUACUCCCCCAGCGGCACCCCCAGCCUGCUCUCCUCCCCCAAGCUGCAAGUGCCUGGCCUGGGGCUGGCGGCCACCAACGGCGGCCCCAUCGGCCCCGGGCAAAAGAUAAAGAAAGAAGAGGACUCGCCCAUGCCAAUCACCAUGCCCAGCCGACUCCCUGUGGCCCUGGCUGGCCACCCAGUGGUAGCAGCCCAGGCAGCGGUCGUGCAGGCGGCCGCCGCUCAGGCAGCAGUGGCCGCUCAGGCCGCGGCCCUGGAGCAGCUGAGAGAGAAGCUGGAGUCCGGGGAGCCUCCGGAGAAGAAGAUGGCUCUGGUGACGGAUGAGCAGCAGAGGCUGAUGCAACGGGCCAUCCAGCAGAACCUCCUGGCCAUGACGGCACAGCUACCCAUGAGCAUCCGCAUUAACAGCCAAGGGACUCGCUCGCCAGAAAACCGUCAGGACUCCGGCAUGAGCCUGACCAGCAACGGCACGAACAGCAUCAGCAUGUCAGUGGAGAUCAACGGCAUCGUCUAUACAGGUGUGUUGUUCGCACAGACCCCCGGCCCCUCGUCCUCCUCGCUCCCUUCCUCCGCCUACAGCAAAGGAAACAGCGGCAGCCGGAGCAGCAGCAGCAGCGGCGUGGGGGGCAGCAGCGGCGUCUCCCAGGCUGCCCCGGCUGCUUCGUCCGCCCCUCCAACCUCUACCUCUAAUAACUCUUCUUCGCCUUAGCCCCCCCUCCCCCAACGGCAGCGCCUCAUCUCACCAAAAGACAAAAAAAAAUAAAAAUAAACCCACACGUGGAGCUUCUAUCACAGCUGAUGCCAAAAACCAAGCUUGCAUCUGGCUUUCCCAGGGGGUGGGGGGAGGAAGCCCUGUCUCCCCCUCCUCCUGAGAGGACUGGAGAAAGUUUUGCAAGGAGAAAAGCUUUAAUCCAGGGGGUUUCAUUAAAAGCAGCCUGGGCUCUGAGCCAGUCAUUACCCGGUAGCUUUGGAGGUGAUGCCUCGUCCUCCCGGAACGCUUUACCUCACAGACACCCCACUUUGCACUGUGCGUUUGGUUGUUUUUUAAUGUUGUUGUUUGAAGUUGUGUUCUUUUGGAUACCUCCAGACAGACACACAGUCGCACCGACGCCCGCGGGCUUGUGUUUUUAAUGAAACCUCCCCACCUUUCGUUUCUUUUCUUCUUUUUUUUUUUAAACCGAAAACAAAAUUUGCAAAAGCGGGAGGAAAUUUUAAUCCUUUAAAGCUUUUUAAUUUUAAGAGCUACACUCAGCAUUUUACGAGGUGGUUAUUUGGAUCUCUCUCUUUUUUUUUUUUUGUAAAUAGCUUCUAUUUUAUUCUCUAAAAAAAAAAAAUCAAACCUUAACUCUCGAAAAUGAUCUAUAUUAGUGUUCGUUCAGGGAAACAGGACUUGGAAACCUUGUAACCUCUUUUUCUUUUUUUCUUGUCGUCGUCUGAUGUUGAUCUUUGGUCGAGUUCGAGCUGCGCUACUUUCUUUCGAACGCUGGUGACGCCCGAGGUUCGGGAGAGAGCCAGGGUGACCCCACCGAACGAGCUCAGGUGUUUGUAUGCAGGGUGGAAGGGGGCGGGGGGGGGGGUUUAAGCAAGCUCCAUUUGGAGAUCUUAGGGUUGAAGUUGCGUCUUUGAUCGGCAGUUAUUAGGAGACGGUUUUGUAUAGCUGCCUCUUUGGGAAAACUCUGCGUUUCUAGGAUCCGUUUCCUUCAGGGAUAGAGGUAAAGGCAGGCGGCAUAAAGUGGAGCUGUCUGCACGGCCAGCCUGCUUCGUCGGGGUCCUGCUUCGGCACAGCGCGUGGUCGCGGCCCGCUGGCGGUAAGGGGACUUGCAAACGCUUUAUAGUUUAGGGUUGAGAGCUGUGUGGAUGGGGCAGCGGGGGGAAGGCAGUGCGUGGGGAGGUGUCGUUGCUUGACACCUGUGGUCUGCAGUAAUGAUACGUUUGCCCCGGCUGGCAGAAAUUCUCCGGGCGUAACUCAAGGGGCUGCAAAGGGUGCGAUUCCGGCUUGUAGGCUUUGGAGGCAAAAAACAGGUUUUGCAUCGCGAGACUGAACGGUAAAACUCCCCAGACUCUGCUUCCCAUCCCCAGUCCAGAGCACCCUCCCUCUCCCUUUGCCUUUUUUAUUCCCUCUGAUCUGGACCUACAGGUGAGGGAAUUCGGUUCCCCGCUCCCAUUGACUUGCCCCUAAUUCCAUCUGGCUUCUUUUGACAAUCCGAGGCUUAACCUGAAUCUGUGCUACAACUGAUGCUGCACCAUUGAGGGUCCUGCUUGCAGCUGCCUGCAGUUACCUGCAACUUGGCGUCAUCACAAGGGACCGGCCGGCCUGUUACACUUGGUCUGUUUUGUAUUUUUCUCGUGUGUUUGUUUAAUUUCUCGGUGGAGGAAAUUAACGUCGAUGACUCCUCUGCUUCCCCACCCCAUCCCCUCCCAGGGAACCCUGUUCCCAGGGGCUCACAGUACAAUUCUCUCCCUGUAAUUAGGUCCAGGGAGCAUAAUUUAAUGGGCUCUGUGCUGUGCGCCGUGUUCCUGACGUGAGCGCGGGGGCGGGGUUAUUCUGGAGGAGAAACUCCAUUUUAGAGACAAUCGAGGGCUUGCUGCAGAAUUCAUCUGUCCAGCUGGGUGCUGAGUGCCGUUAACUCCCGCCGAAGCAGCUGCGUGUGGAACAUGCCCAGCACGUCUCAGGAUCGGGCCUUAAGCGUGUGUCCUGCUGUAGCCAUGUGUUUCCUCUGCCCUGUCCUGUGGCACCAGAGCAUCCUUACCUGCAUAAUAGCCCCGGCCCAUAAAGGGCCUGAUUCUGAUUCUCGGCUGCUGUCUUUUGCAGCAGCCAGAGGGUGGGCGGUGAAGCGAAAGUGCUUUUGCACUGGUGCGAACAUCUGCACAAAGGGCAAAGCAAUGGAAUGGAGACGCAAAGCCUCCCAGCUUGGCUUCUCUUGCAAACAACGGGGGUGGGGCGCUCUGGAUUUUUUUUAACUACAUCUUUUCCUGCUGAUUUUUGUGCUUUUCCAUUUGAUAAACCGGCUCCCAACCUCCCCAGCCUGUUUUUCUAGUCACAAGCCGCUCUGACUGCCUCCAGCUCCCUGACCCUGCAUUCUACCAGCAGCUACCAGCCUGAUAGUUCACUGCUCUGCUGGAAACCAGCACAGAGAAUCUGAUCUAAAGGCAAUACUAUAAUGUAGAAUCCAGACUGUACACGUGCCCUCUCUGCCCCCUACCUCCGCCCUCCCUGCUUCUUUCGCCAGAUUCUAGAUACUUGUCACACCUCAUAGUCUGCUCAGGGCUGAAACAGCAAACUGGUUCUUCGUAGGUUUCUUUUUCUUUUCUUUGGACAGGUGAAGAAAAUAACCAGAAAAAUCAGGUGUACUAGAUAAAAGUCAAUGAGGUUCCUGCGGUGUCGUGGGCAAAAAGCAGAUGUAAGGACUAGAUAUUUUCAGAAGGGCUCGGUGCUCUUUAGCGGCACUGCAACAAGUGGGCAGAUUUUCAAAGGAAUCCAGCAGGCUGGGCCGUGAGCGGUUUGUGAAAACUGAGCUGAGGUGUCACAACAGAAGCUGAGCACUCGUGCUGUUCUAGCCCCGGUGGCGGGCAUUGAGCAUUUGAAAAUAUGGCCCCACUCCGCAAGAUUUUUACACCUCAGGCCUUUGGUGAUGCCUGUGCUGCUAGGCGGACGAGGGUGGGAGCGCUGCCUUGAAGUAUAUUGUUGCAGUGAUAUUUUUAGAAUGUGCACUGGGAUUGGUUUUUUUUAAUCUCCAUAGUGAAUGUUAAAGAGACACCAUGGGCUCGCCGCAUUUCUGUCUGAACAAGUUCCCCUGGCAUUGCUGCAGCUAACCUGAUGCUCCCUGAAGGAGAUUAGAGACAGGACAAAAUCCCUCUGGGUUAUUUUUAUUUUGUUUCCCUCUGUGCAUCUGACAGCGCUUUGUGUGUGGUCAGUUUCACUGUUUUUCCCCCUCUACAGGGCCUGAGCCAAAGCCCACUUCAGUUUCCACUGACUUUGGUCAAGCCCCUAGCGCCUCAGUUUCCCUUCCUCAGAGUGGAUCUUAAGGGGAUUGUCAAAGCAGGGAAAUUGGCGGAGAGACUGCAGAGCAAGUGCAAAACCCUCUGCUGCCUCCAGGUCAUUGAAAUGGACAAGAUCUCAAGCUGAUUGGGUCCCUCCGUAAACGGUCCCUUAAAGCUCCCCUGAGUGGCUGCCCGAAACCAGUGGUCACUGAACCCAGGUAUUCGUGCCAGCAAAUGCAUCUCCCGUCUAGCUGGGAUCUAGCCAGGAACACCCUCUCGUGGAAACAGCAGGAUGGUCGUGACCCCUAGGUUUUGUCAUAUAUGGUGAUUCUUCCUCUGGGGGUGGGGCGGGGAAUAUUGAAGCCAUAACACAUUUUCUCGGCCAGGACGGUUUGUGCCAAUAUCAUUAUGGCAGUUAGGAGUGUGACUUUUUACCAUUAUAGCUAUACCAGUACAGCUCCUAGUGCAGCUACAGGAAAGCCAGUAUAAAGAUGACUUAUACCAGUAGAGCUGUUUCCCUUCUCCUACAGCAAGAGCACCUUUCUACCUGUGUAACUGCGUCCCCACUAGUGGGGUUAUGCUGCUUUAACUAUACCUGUCUACCUGGGGAGGGAGGAGCCACGAAGCUGCUUAACCGUGAUGCAGAAAGAGGCUGGAUUUAAUCCUGUUAAAUGUUAAAAGCCGCCUCCCUAGCUCUCUGGUUCAAGUGUUAAUCAGCUUUGUCACGCAGAGGGAGAGGGCACCCUCUGGAGCGGAGUGGAGAUUUGUCCUCUUUCCGGCCUUAGACUUGAGAGUGGGCUCCUCUCUUUUCCCUGGGGAAAUGUGACCACUACGGUGCAUGUAUCAGCUUUGCAGGGUACAUACCUGGGAUGCACAGGGUCCUGUUGAGCCCUGGUAUAAGUGGGUGCAGCCUCUGUUGAUUUCAGUGGACUUGGCAUUUGCUUAGGCCACGGCUGAUGCUGGUCUCCAGUGCCUGCCGUGGAAGAAAAGCGGCUGCUCCCGGACAGUGGGAAAGCACCUUUGUGAGUGUUGUGAGCUGUGUUCCGCUAAGUGGGAUGCUGAGCCAGCCAGACGGGAAUGCUGGCGGUUCCCUGUUCCCAACUAAACAGGCCUGGAUCUGCUCCAUUACACCCCUGCAUGCCCAGCCACGGGGCCUCAUUGCUCAGCUGUGGACCCGUUUUGCAAUCCUGGGCAUCCUCCCUGCCUGUUGGUCGCACACAUGCCAGUAACCCCCCAGUAAACAGCAGGGCCUGGCCUGGCUACUCCUUGAUUUCCCUGAUUGCUGAGGUCCUGGGAGGAGGUUGUGCCUUUCCGGGAGGUGCCCAGGCUUCUCAGGUGGCUGAAGGCAUCUUGGCCUCCCGGAGAAUCUGGCUAGAAAUGCGCUCCCUGUUCAGACUUGUCACUCAAGUGCCCCUUUGACCUUAGAGGCCAGGGGCCGUGUAUCCUCACCAAGCCGCUCCCCUCUGUUCCGUCCAGCCCGGCUGCUGCAUCUUUUCUUUUUAACCCGGCAGCUGUUUUGUAUUUACAAAACCUCUCACCGAUCUCUAGGCUAAGGAUGCUGCGGUGGCUCCUUCUGGAGCACCCGGGAUCAAACCCACUGGCGCCAACUCUCCCGUUGACGCCGAGCGAGCCAGAUUGAUGUGCCUUCGCCCAGCCUGCUGCCAGAUUCCUGGCAUGACAGUUCCUCCUUAGGCAGCACAGCGACGAGUCAGACCUCCGGUGGCUUCUAUACCAAGAGCCAGGUGGGCAUGAUCUCCAGGGGGCGACCUUUUUAAUGCCCUAUGGGACAGCUCCUGCAGAGAAUCCAGGCUAGCGUCCAUCUCUCUCUGCCGCCGCUCAAGGGGGGGAGAAUAUGGAAGCAAGGGGAUCUGGCGAGCGAGGACCAGCGGUCGCAGCAGGCUGCUGGCGAUACAAGCCCCCAUCAUGGAGAAAGCAGGGUGUUUAUAGAGGGAGGGCUCACUCGCCUUCCUCAGCCAGCCGCCAGAAUCCGCUGAAGUCGACGGCACAGCUCCCACUGACUUCAGGGGGCUUUGGAUGGAGCCUGGUGCCCCUUGUGAUUAUAGAUCGCUAGAGCUGUACUUUAACAGACUGUUUCCGAGUGCUCCCCUCUUGUCCUGUGCAGAGCACAGAAAGUUACGGCCCUUUGCCCCAUUGCCAUUUUCCUUCCCUGCCUGCUAGCCCCCAACGCCUUCUGUUUCCUUUUGCUGCGUCCUGGCUUUGGAAGCCUCCCUGGGCUGCUGCCCUCAGAGCUCCGUUUUCAUGGAGCCUGGGCAGCUUUGAAAGGGGAACGGCAAAGCGAAAGUGAAAAGUGGAGCUCAGCCCAGAGAGAGGAGCUGGCUGCCCCCCACUAGCCGGCACAGUAACACGGGGCGUCAUCCCUCCUGCAGACACCUUCCAGCACUUCCUGGGUCUUGCCUUGGUCUGCCCCGAGUCACCAGAGCCCUUUGAUGUGCUUGGCUGAAUCAGGGGCUGUGUGUGUUUGCUGGCGUCCGAUGUCACAGAGCGAUGCAGCCUGGAGCAAACCAAGAACCACCCCUGCAGCCUGACAAACGGGACCGAUUUCUAGCCUCCGUUCAGUUCCCCUUUCCGCUGGGCAGUUCGCUCUUUACGCUUCUGCCGUGGAAUUGACCCUGCACGCCGGGACCAGCAACCCUGCUAACCCGCAGCCUGCGUUCAGUAUGCAACUCAGGCGAGAUCAAAGAUCCCGAAACCCUCUCUCGGUAGUUAGAUAAAACAAAGGGUUUUCCCCUCUCCCACCUCCUCACUGCCAAAACCUGUAGCUACAGAAGUCUCAUGGGCAGGGACUGUACGUCCGACUUCGUCGCUGAGGGGAUCUGUGGCUGUUCUCCGCCCGUGUUGGGUGCAGGACCAGUGAGGGGGCAGCUCUGUUCUCCAGACGUCCCAGCCAGUCAGGCCCUUGAGGCUUGGCUCUGUGCCUGGCCUGGAAACGUAACCUCUCUCAGAACGAAUGCGUUGCUCGCCUUGUAUAAGGAGCCUUAGAAAGCGGGGUGGGUUGGGGGGGGGGAGAAAUUCUAUAUCAAAUUCUAUAUCUCGUGUGUGUUUUGAGUGUGUGUAUAAAGCAAAACCAACCAACCUUCGGGGUAAAACGUGUUUCUUAUGCAAUCUGGGCUCUCGGAGCAAGAGCAGGAUUGUAACUCAGGGGAAAAAGACCCGCUGUCUGGAUCUGAUUGUACUGGGUACUGGGGGGAGGGAGAAGGGGCAGGGCAGGAUUUGCUUGCUGUGUCAUUUAUUUUAAGUUCCAGUUAUGUGGGGGGCGUUUUGGAGGGGGGGAGGAGGUGUGAUUUCUUAGCCCUGAUUUUUUAUCCAGGAGAAACUUGCCUUAAAGUUGCCCAGCACGGCGGGUGGGUGACCUGGGUUUCUCCCCAGCGCUGGCUCCGUAGGAGAGGCAGCUUUGCUAGGGUAGCUUCCAGCUUGUCUCUGCCCUGCUCUCGCUGCAGGAGGCCGUGCGGCCGCAAGGAAACCUGGACCCGAGCACUACUGAGAUACUUGACUUUAGAAAGGGCUGCGUGCGUCUUUGUGGGCCUGCUGCCGCGGGGCUGCGUGGGUGUGUGCCCGAGGGGGACCCUCAGAUGCCACCCCGGGGACAGCUAGUGUGUGGAAAGGGCUUGUCUCCCACUUCACCUCGCCGGUGGGCACUGCUCUGCCUCUGGGCUGCCCCGGCUUCUGCCGGCAGCUAACGCAGCAGCCCCUGAGCAGGCCACACCCGGGGAGGACGGGUGCAGGGGCUGGAGUUGCCUGCAGCCCAGACAAGCCACAGGGCACCUCUGCAUGCCAAACACUGGACAGCCCAAGAGUCAUUCCCCACCCCCAUCCCCUUAACUCUGGUUCGUGGCCCCCAAAUCCCCACUAGCCCGGAGUUCUGCUGAGCCCACCCGCUCACUUCGGAAGGUCUGGCUAGGACGAUGCCGUGGAGCGCUUGCCGCUAGGACUCGAACGUGCUGUUUUAGCGCCUGCCUGGCUACCUUCACAGAGCGAUCCGGCGGGAUGGCCCCCAGAGGACUCUUCGUCACUGGUUUUGUGCUGGGGGUGGGGGGGUGUUUAGAUUUUUAGUAGGUUUUGCAUUUGUACAGUCCCUGUUUUAUUCCUCUCCUCACCCCCCACCCCCCACUAAUUUUUUGGUUGGGUUUUUUGAUUUUUGGGGCGGGGGCAGGGAGAGCAUAUUACAUUCAGCUUUUUUUUCCUUUUUGCAUAUCGAUUUUAAAAAAAUUCAGUUUCUCUGGGGUUUGAAAGGCAAAAGGAAUGAACACAGCUGCAGAUGCAAUUAUACAGCAUGCAUAUCUUAACUCAGGUAAAAAAAAAAAAACCACAAAAAAAAUGAAUAAAAACCACAUUCUACCUCUGAUAACGGCGGGCCUCAGGCUGCCUGUCCUGGGAAUCCCGCGGUGAAAUAUUUCAGUUUUGCAGACAUUCAGGUAUUAAAACUUUGUGAUUAUUAAAUAAAAUAAAAUAAAAACA